AUGAUGAGACGCCCGGAAUAGCAAAACUGCCACUGUCACUGCGAUGCAUCAUCCAUGGCCAGUUCCGGACUCGCCGUACCGGAGGAAGCUACCCGGAAGGCUCCGGCCAAAGCACCUCUAUUUGCCCACGGCUCGGCGCCUCGGCCUUGCCUUUGGGAACGCUACGCGUUUCGUCUGCUCAGUCCUCCUGCGCUGCUACAAGCACCACCAUCGCCAGUUGCCACCCAUCCCAUCCCACCAGCGCGCGCACGGACCGAGGCCGGCAAUGGCGAGCUCGGGGCCUCCCUUCCUCCUCCUCCUCCUCGUCGUCGUCCUCGUCGCCGUCGCGGCGGCCUCGGAGGAGCGCCCGCGCGUCAUCCCCACUUUGCUCCAGUGCCACCCGGCGCAGGCGCAGGCAACCGCCAACGCCAGCAGCGCCAAGAACGCCACGGCGUUCCAAGCCAACGCGAUGUCCCUCCUCGCCAAGCUCCCCUCCGCCGCCGCGCCCACGGGCUUCGCGUCCCUGCGCUCCGCCGGAGUGGUCGGACGCGACGUCGCGUUCGUCCGCGGGCUCUGCUUCGGGUACGCCACGCCGUCCCAGUGCCGCGAGUGCCUGGCCGCCGCGGCCAAGAAGCUCGCCGACGCCUGCGGCGCCCGCGGCCGGCGCGCCGGCGUCUGGAUGGACGCCUGCUUCGCGUCCUACGCCGACGCGAACCCCUCCUCGCCCAACUACGACGGCUUCCGCGCGCGCGUCAUCUCCGGCGCAGACGCGCUCAUCACAAGCACCUCCUACGAGCUGCAGAGCCUCGCCGACCUGGCCUGGCGCAUGGGGCCGGUGGCGGCCACCAACGCGGGGAUGCAGGUGGCCGUGGACUGGACGGCCGCGGCGAGCGACUACAGCAAGAACAGCACGGUGCGCGUUCUGGCGCAGUGCGCGCGGGACCGCACGCCGGCGGAGUGCGCCUGGUGCGUCCAGUACUCGGCGCGGGUGGCGGAGACCUGCGAGUGGUCCUGGUGCCCCCGGUAGUCGGCGCGGGCGGGGGACACCUGCUGCUGGGGCCUCGACGCGUGGCACGACGGCGUGGCGGGCGCCGUCGUCGGCUUCGACUGCUACCUGCGCUUCGACGUCGCCGUCGCCACCGCCACUGCGCCGGCGCGGGUGCCCCUGCUCAAAAGGCUCGGGAAGUUCAUGAACGAUCACCCUUGCUUGACCGCGGUGUUCGGGAUGGUCGGCGCCGGGCUGGCCGUGGCACCUUUCUACGUGCUGAUUGAGGGGAUUUGCCGCUGGAUGGAGAGCAAGAUCAGGCCCAUCAACAACGCCCCAGUUGUGCCAGUAGCAGUGGCAGGGUGAUGGACUGAUGGUUUAAGUUGAGCAACCGCUCGGCGAUCGAUCUGCACUGCAGCAGCAACAUACUUACUCCAGUAGGCCAAGUCUGUAAAUAGUUAAGCAUGCGUGCACUAAGUAGUAGCAGCAGUACCGACUCUCCAGUCUUGAUGCUGCCGGUUUUCGGAAUCCAGGAACGAGCACCCGCGACUUCAAACUUAAUUCGUGCUUGCAGAUCUCUGAUCUCUUAUAUACAAGAGAGACUUAAGUAUUGAACCUUUAAUCCUUGAUCCACCA